AUGUUGGCCUUAGGCUGCAAGAAACUCUCAUUUUUAUUUCUUUCAUUAUUAUCAUUAAAUAUUUAUCAAAUAACGAAAGCUAAUGAAGUCACCGAGCUACGAAUGUCAGGAGCUGAACCAGUUAUGAAUGAUUCUUACUUAUGUACAGCUAUGCCACUCGAUUCUACUACGGAACAUUACAUUGUUGGAUAUAAACCUUUUGCAACGAUGCAAAAAGCUCAUCAUAUGUUACUGUUUGGAUGCAGUGGGCCAGGAAGUGACCAGGUCAUCUGGGAUUGUGGAGAUAUGACAGUGGCUGGGCCACACUUUGAACGAGCACCAAUAUGUAACGAUCAACCGAGCAUACUGUAUGCGUGGGGUAGGAACGCACCUGAAUUGCACCUUCCGGAAGGUGUCGGGUUCAAGGUUGGUGGACAAACGAAUAUUCAGUAUCUUGUACUUCAAGUACACUAUAAGGGACAACUCGGACCUGAUUAUUCUGGUUUAAGUAUCGAGUCGACAGUCGAACCAUUGACCAAAAGAGCAUCCACCUUGCUGAUGGUCACUGGCGGAAAGUUACCUCCGAACAAGAGAGAAACAUUUGAAACGGCAUGCAUAGUCGAUGAAGACAUUGAAAUACAUCCCUUUGCAUUCCGCACACAUACCCAUCGACAUGGCGAAAUGGUUAGCGGAUGGGUAGUACGCGAGAAUGAGUUUGGUCAGAAUGUAUGGGAGUUAAUUGGCGAACGAAGUCCGCUCCUUCCGCAAAUGUUUCAGUCGGUUAACAAGAACAUUACAAUUCGACAAGGUGAUGUGGUGGCAGCUCGCUGUGUACUAAACAACAAGGAAGAUAAGGAAUUUACGAUGGGCAAUACAAGUGACGAUGAAAUGUGCAACUACUACUUGAUGUAUUGGGUCUUAGGAGAUCGUAUUCUCAGAGACAACACAUGCUAUUCACCUGGGCCACCAGAAUAUCACUGGACGAGUGAAGCAGAGUUGAACAACAUCCCAAAAGUGUGA